UCUUCUUAAUAUUCCCUAAUUAAUAUGCAUGACCCUAUGACCCAAUUUCAAAGCGAGGCUAGGUGGGCAAAUAAAGCGAUGGAAGCCACAUGCUCUACACGGGAUUUAUCUGUUAUGCCAGAAAUAAGCUUUGGAUUUGUAGAGUCAUAUGUUCGUCGACAUGUUGCUAGCUUGGGAGAGAAGAAUUUGAACAAAGGGUUCAAAUAUUUCAGCGAACAGUACGUGCACAACAUCAAACUCUUUUCCACCACCGAAGGAUGCAGAAUAACUGCAGGGUGUCACAGGUCAAUGAAAAAGAGUGAAUCCCCCCAUACUAUGGAAAUUUAUCUACAGAAUAUACCCCUUGAUGUCACUUUUGCCAAGUGCACAUGUCCAAUUGGUCUGAGCAAGUCUUGUGGACAUGUAACAGCAACUCUUUAUCAAUUGGCUCAUUAUUCAUCUUUAAAAUUAUCAGCAGUGCCAACUGAUAUAGUAAAAACAUCAAUGAGACAGACCUGGCAUGAACCAAGGGGUCAGAAAAUCAGAGGGGCUGAAGUCAGUUGUUUGGAGUUCAGAGGAUACAACAGACUUGAUCCCAAGAAGGAAACGUCUACCAUAAAGUCAACCCUCAGUAAUCCAGUUAGGACAAAGUUGCCAAGUAUAGUUGAUAUCAAAGACAAACUGAGAGAUAAACAUGCAGAUUUUCUUUUACUGUCUGUAAUUCCGGAUAUUACUCUUCCCUCUGUCCCCACUAAAUAUGGUAGCAAGAUUAAAGGAAGUGUGAUCAGCUACCAGCAAAAACAACAUUCUGACUAUAUUUUGAAUUUAUAUGAUACUGAAGAUUUUCCUUCCUUGCCCUGCAAUGAUCACAUGGUAAAUGUAUAUGCAGCAGUGAUGGACAAAGAAAAAUCAGCCAAGUUGGGGACACUUGCAGUGUCUAAGGAGGAAGCUUCUGUCAUUGAGGAGGAAACACGGUUACAGUCAACUGACCCUAAAUGGCACAAUGUGCGACGUGAACGUAUUACUGCAUCCAAGGCUGGAGAAGUAAUUACUAGAAGAAAAGACUUUGAAAAAUUGGCAGAGAGGUGGAAGUCUGGUCGGACUGUAGUAACUUCAGCCAUGAAACAUGGGAUUGCAUCUGAGUGCCUUGCUGCCCAGGCUUAUGUGGACAAACUGGACCAAAAUGUGAAUUUAUAUCCAUGUGGGAUAGUUGUUAGUCCCACUGCUUCAUGGUUGGCAGCAUCCCCAGACAGAAAAGUGUACCGCCCCAACAGAACACCUCCCUUUGGGCUUCUGGAAAUCAAGUGCCCAGUAACUGGAUCAGUUUUAGAGUUGGAUUAUCUAAAGAAAAAUGAGGCAGGUAUUUUGCUCCUAAAAAAGCGUCACAAUUACUACAGGCAGGUAGUUAUGCAAUUGGCCUGCACAGGACUUGAAUGGUGUGAUUUUUUUGUAUGGACAGAAAAUGACAGUCACCUAGAGACCAUUUAUUUUGAUCAAGUUGAAUGGCAGGAGAUGAAAGACAAACUAGACAUGUUUUUCUUUAAUUAUUUACUUUGAAAAUACAG